UUUGGGCAGUCUGCAAUCGAUAGCGCGAUAGCCAGCAUGACAUUCCUUCGACCCUUGCCGGCGGGCCUGCAAAAGAUUGCCAUUGAGGAGCUCAAUGAGGUGCCCGAUCGCGUGGAGUCGGACAUCUGCGCAUUGAGGACAUGGCUGGAGAAGCUGCCACAUUUGCGUGCCUGCAUGGAGGAUCAGUUUCUGCUGAGCUUUCUGCGUGGUUCAAAGUUCAGUUUGGAGAAGGCCAAGCAGAAGAUCGAUCGGUUCUACACGUUGCAAGCGGUGAUACCAGAGAUCUUCAAUGAACAUCGCCUGGUGGACGAUCCGCAGGUGCUCGAGAUCAUUCGAAUGGGUGUUAUCCUGCGCAUUCCCCUGGACAAAGAGGACACUGGCCCAGCAGUGACCAUCAUUCGUGUGGGCUCCUACGACACUCAGAAAUACAAGUUCCAGGACAUCAUACGCGUGGGCUCCAUGUUCGGGGAGAUCAUGAUGCUCGAGGAUGAUAAUGCCACUGUCAGUGGCUAUCUGGAGAUCAUGGACAUGACGGGCGUGACGGCUGCCAAUCUCUUUGCCCUCCAGCCACAGCUCCUGAGCAAAUUCUCGGCCUACGCCGAUGAGGCGAUGCCCACGCGGCAGAAGGGCAUUCACUUUAUCAAUGUGCCCAAAGCCUUUGAAACGGGCUUCAAAUCGCUGCUCUCCUGGUUUCCCGGCAAGAUCAGAGAGAGGGUUUCUGUUAGCUCUGAUCCAGAGGCAAUCUUUGAGCGCGUCUCGCGUGAUUAUUUACCCGUGGAAUAUGGCGGCACGAAGGGCUCUAUGCAGGAUUUGUUGGAGGAAAUGGAAGCCAAGUUGGGCAGCUAUCGAGAGUACUUCGAGGGCACUCAGAUCUUUGGCAUCGAUGAGCAGCUGAGGGAGGAACAACGCUCGCCCGGCAACAGCCACGAGAGUCACUUUGGUGUGGAUGGCUCAUUCCGCCAGUUGGCCAUCGACCUCGACAAUUGUUCGUCGAUCGAUCGAAGCGUUCGCUCCCCCAAAAUGCCGCCUGCCAUCCGUCCGUUGAGCCCCGAGCUGCAGAAAGCUGCCGUGGAGAAGCUGAAUGAGAUUCCCGAGAAGAUUGAGGAUGACAUCGCGGCCCUGAGGGAGUGGAUCCGCCAGCAGCCCCACCUGAAGGCACGCACGGACGAUCAGACGCUGGUGAAUUUCCUGCGCGGCUGCAAGUACAGUCUGGAGCGCACCAAGUCCAAGAUUGAUCGUUUCUAUACGCUGAGGACCAAAUACCCGGACUUCUAUGCAGCCCACAAGGUGGAUGUGGACAAGCUGUUGGAGAUCUUUCGAUUGGGAGCCAUUCUCCUACUGCCGCGUCCCCUCAACGACAAUGGUCCCCGCAUUGCGCUGCUGCGGCAGGCUAUGUACGAUCCCAGUGUGUACACCUUUCAGGAGGUGAAUCAUGCCGCCGGACUCAUGCAACAGAUUAUGCUGAACGAGGACGAUGUGGCCAUUGUCAAUGGCAUGAUCUCCAUAUUGGAUCUGGCGAAUGUCACCGCGGGACACUUUCUGCACAUGACACCUUCGUUUGCUAAAAAGAUGACCGUCUUCCAGGAGGAGGCACUGCCACUGCGGCCCCAGGGUGUGCAUUUUAUCAACACUCCUGCGGGUUUUGAGACCAUCUUUAACAUGGUUAAGCCUAUGCUGUCCAAGAAGCAGCAGGGACGCCUCUAUGUCCAUGGCAACAAAUUGGAUGCCCUCUACGAUCAGGUGCCCCAAAAGUAUCUACCCAUCGAGUAUGGAGGCGAGAAUGGUUCCAUUCCGGACAUCAUUGCCGAAUGGGAGCAACGCAUCUUGACCUACAGAAGCUUCUGGGAUGAGGAGAACAACUACGGCACCGAUGAGAGCCUGCGACUGGGCAAAGCCGUUGAUUUCGAGAGCCUAUUCGGGCUGCAGGGUUCCUUCCGACAACUGAAUGUUGACUAAGGCCUUAAUGUGUACCCUCUAAUUGUGUUACUAAAUUUAGUCGAGCAAACUGCAGUCCA